UGAAGCAGGGGUGCGAUGGAGUACCACUCCGGUGGCAGCCUGCCCCUGCUGGGGAGACCGCGGUACUGCCCGGGUGCCAAUGCUAACGGCGGAUACCUGUGUGAGACGGGACACUGCUGCGGAGAGACCGGCUGCUGCACCUACUACUACGAACUCUGGUGGUUCUGGCUGCUGUGGACCGUCCUCAUCCUGUUCAGCUGCUGCUGUGCAUACCGACACCGUCGAGCCAAACUCAGAGUCCAGCAGCAGCAGAGACAGAGAGAGAUCAGCCUCCUGGCCUACCAUGGAGCCAACUCCUACCCCUCCUCCAUGCUGGACCUCAGUUUCUUGGCAUCCCUGAAGUUGCCUUCCUAUGAGGAGGUGGCAGCUCAGCCCUCCACCCCUCCUCCUCCGUACAGCUCUGUGUUCACCACCCCUCGCUAUCCGCAACCUCCACGCACCGCCGACCCUCAUCUGCUCACUCAGCACGGUCCCCUGCUGCACCGGCCGCACAGUGAUGGGCCAUCCUCCCUCAGCUCGGACAACAGCUCAAGUUGUUCCUGUGAUUCGUGCUGCCCCUCCUCUCCGUGUAGCUCCUCCCUGUCAGCACCCAUCACGUAUGAGACUGACACAAGCCACGCAUCCACACCAAGCGAAGCCACGCCUCUCACUCUUGACGUCACCAUGGAAACCAUCUCUGCCGCUGCAACCUGCUUGAAGGUAAACAAGGCGCAGUUUGCUUCUGAGAGGAGGGCCCUUGACGUUGCUGAUGCAAACACCACCGGAGCUCAUGCACCAGUUGCCAUAAACUCAUCAGUCCCCAACCAGACUGUUACUGUGGCAGUCGUUACCAGGGCAGCCUCCCCUCAGCCUUCACCCUCGCCUGGUUUUCAGCUCACCCUUCCAGUUGGGACUACAUCUCCCAUAAAGCAGCAGCUAGACAUAGCACCAUGUACCCCAAUAGUCAGCACCUGUAGCUCAAGUACACUUCCUAGUCCAAAUGUUGACACAGCACUCCCCACCAUCCAAAUAAUACAUAUCGAGGGCCCAGCUAAGGACAUGAGGGAUCCUGACCCCAAAAAUCCUACUCCAACAGCUAGUACUUCUGACUCUUCUAUAACCACCACAAAAACACCAGAAACACUCAAUUUAACGAGGACUUUUGAUACAGUCAGUUCUCCCAAUAGCCCAGCCUCAGUACCAUCUCCAGAUGUUGGAAGAACUUUGUCGCCAGUAGCAGGCUCCACUACUGGUUCCCCAACUCCAAACUCAGAUCUUGUGCCAAUUCCAUUACCUACAAAGCUUACCCAAUCUGCAGUCGAAGAACCUACUGAGCUUACCCAGUCUCCAGUUCAAGAACCUACAAAGCUUAGUCAAACUCCAAUCCAGGAACCUACAAAGCUUAUCCAAUCUCUAGAAACUACAAACCUUAUACAAGGUCAAGAAUUACAAACACCACUUCCAAAGCUUACACAACCUCCAGAUCCAGUAACUUCAGACCUUAUCCUGCUUCCAAAUCCACAACCUAAAGCCACGGUAGUUGCAGAUUCAUCAAUUAAUGCCCUUCUCUCUCCAGUGCAUACAAAUCUUGCCCUAGUUACAGAUGCAGCACCCACUUUACCCACACUAUGUCAAUACCAGAAACUAGAAUUAUCACCUGGUUUAGGUUUAGUUCAGGUUCCUCCCACCCCAGGGUCAGACUUAGCCCAGCAUUUAGGCUCUGCUGCUGUUUCAGCGUCUUGUCUGGAUUCAACUGCAGAAACGGAUCAUUCAGGACAUUCUCUCAUCCUGUCUCGAUCGUCAGAGUUCGACCAUUUUCCUUCAUUGCCUUUAAAUGCCCAGGCAGGUUUUGGUUCUGGUUCUUGUUCUGGAUCUGAAUCAUGCUCUGGUGCUGGUUUGGGAUCAGGUCCUCUGUCCACCCUUACACCAGUUCUUACCUUUUCAGCAGAGGUGUCCUCUACUUCCUCUUGCCCAGCCAUAACCAUAGAGUCUGAAUCUUCUUAUGCUACUUGUCAGUCACCCCUGGCAAGUCUCUCACCAUCCUCAUCCCCACCCCUUUCCACUUCUCCUCCUCCUCCUCCUCCCCUAAUUCUUCAAGCCCUUUCUUCCACCUCCCUCGCUGCUCCAGCCUUACUCCUGGACCCCCUUACUGCUUUGCACCAGUCUGACAAAGGUGGAUCUUCCUCUGGGCAUGCAUCCUCCCUUUCACCUUCACCUCGUGCUACUCAGUCUCCACCAAAACAGACUCUGUUUUCGCCCUGUGUGGAUGUCUUUGAACCAGGACCACCCAGCUGGGAGAAUGAGGAAGAGGAACAGGAGGAGAAGGACAAUGACGAAGACGAAGAUGAGGACAUGGAAGCUGAUGAAAGCCAAUAUAGACACCGGCGACUUACAGGUGACUCUGGGAUCGAGGUAUGCAGGUGUCGGGUAGAGGAGGAAGAUGAUGAAGAAGAGGAGGAGGAAGAGGAAGGUGGCAGGAAAGGAAGUGGAGGGGAGAGGGAUAAAAGAAGUAGUGAUACUGAUCUCCAUGACAGUGUGGACUGCCCUGCAAGAGGUCAGGUGACCACAGAGGAAGGACUUACACUGUGUACUCCGACCACCACCACAACACCAACAUCAGAGGAUAGCGGCGAAGUCGUCAUUGUCAUGGAGACGGUGUGACUGACAGAAACAGGCAGGUUAAACUAUUCACCAUCCAGACAAGAGUUCAACAGGAACUGAUUGAUAGUGUUUACCCUUAAAUCUUUCAGUAACUGGAGAGGUUUUAGAUAAAUGUCAUUUUGAUUGUGGAUAAAAUAGGUCCCACUAAUAGGUAUGCACAAAUUUUAGAUGGUUGACUUGAGAGUUUCUUGAAAUCUGAGAUGCAUUGUAAAUGGGUCAUUGUGCCAAGUUUCAACAUGUACAAGUACAAGAGAGAUUUUUACUCUGAUACCAUGUAAGGUUGGAAAAGGUUUAGGGACUACCACACUGCAGAACUGUUGUCAGCUAUGUGUAAAAUGUCUUUAAAAAAUCUGAGCCCCAUCUCACUAAUUUUAAAAAUAUCUGCCCAUCUAUUAUUACUUCAUGUUGGAGAGUUGCCUAUUUAUGAAGAAAAUCUAAAUCUCUAAAAAAGAUUAUGAAGCACUACCUGAUGCACGCUGUUGUGAAGGAUCUGCACAUCCAUUCAUUGACGUUCUCAGUUACUGGAAAUGGUCUAUGUAAAGUGGGAGUUAAACCCUGAGGUAUAAGUGAUCAAUGAUAAUAAAUACCCUAAACCUAAAUGCUACCCCUAGGGUAUUAAAAUUUCUAUUU